AUGGCGGCAGGGUAUUACCAGCGGUCAGCAAAGACGAGUGUCCUUAAGGGGGAAAGUACGAGGUUUGUGUUGCAUCACUACAACUUUGAUCUCCGUCGCGAUAUGUCGAUCUCUCGCACCGUCAAAAAGGUCCUUCGUGAGGAUUGCACCUCAACCACCGAGUCAGACAAGUUACUGGGCCAUGUUCUUCUUUUGGAGCGGCGUUUGUUUGGCCGGAUGCGCUUUGCGCCAACGGUGGGGAGGCGAUGGUUCGUGCUGGGACUCCCACUGGAGGAUAUUGAAACCAAGGCAAACGUUCAUCGUGUGCUUGAUAUCCCUGCCGUGAGGAAGCACGACAAUUUUGAAACUAAAGAAGCAGGUCUUGGAGAGCUCUGGAAUAAGAUUAUUGUACUUCCCAAGCCUGAGCCGACUUUCAGCUUUUAUGAAGAUGGCGACAUGGAGACGCAGAUCGCAGAGAAGGAUUUAAGGUUGGAGUGCCGGAUUCAAAAGCCUGCACCCCCCUUGGAAUUUUGA